GCCUAUUCUUUUUCCACACCCUUUCUACGCUCCCGGUCCGUAUUUUCUUCUUCCCAUAUUACCCCUCCUCCUUCAGACUCAUCUCUUCACCUCUUCUUCCCAUCUUGCCCCUCCUCCUUCACACCCAUCUCUUCAUCUCUCGUUCCCAUCUUUCCCACUCAGCCUUUCCUCUUCCCAUCUUACCCCAUUCUUCCCAUUCCACCCCUCUUCCUCAACACCCAUCUUUUCACAUUUUCUUCCCAUCUUGCCCCUCCUCCACACACAUCUCUGCAUCUCUUCUUCCCAUCUUACCUUCCUUUCUCCCAAUCAGCUCUUCCUCUUCCCAAAAACCCAACACCCCAAAAAAACCCACAACAUGACAAUUACCAUCCAACAAAACGACACAACUGAUACCCACUCCAUCUACACCGUCAAUUUCUUCAAUUGCCCCAUCAUCACCACCGUCACCAAUGUCGGGUCUGUCGUUGAAUCGUGGCUAUCCGACAUCUACCGCAUCCACAGUCGUCGCCUCGCCCAUCUCAUCGUAGGCCUCGACAUCGAGUGGCGCCCGAUCUUCCAGCGCAACGCCACUAGCCGCGUUGCCCUCCUCCAGCUCUGCGUGGGCCGUCGCUGCCUCAUCUUCCAGCUCAUCUACGCAGACUGUAUUCCCCAAUCUCUCCGAAACUUCCUCCUUGACCAGAAUUUCAGGUUCGUUGGUGUUGGGAUUGAAGAGGAUGUGGAGAAGCUCCUGGAGGACUAUGAAUUGAGCGUGGCAAAUCCGGUGGACCUGCGAUUGAUGGCUGCCGAGAAAUUAGAUGCCAUUGAGCUGAGAAGGGCUGGGCUGAAGAAUCUUGCAAGUGCCACUUUGGGCCUUGAGGUGGUGAAGCCGAAGCGGGUUACUAUGAGCAGGUGGGACUCCUCGUGGCUUAGCUUUGAACAGGUACAAUACGCUUGCGUCGAUGCACACCUUUCGUUUGAGAUUGGGAAGUAUCUAAUUCUCAUGAAUUAGCAGGUUUUCUGAAAAUGGGGAGUUUUAUUUGUUAGUUUUUCAUGUCUGUGUUUGGUAAGUUUUAGAUUUGGGUGGGUUUUUUGAAAUCUUGAAAAUGAUGUUGGAUCACUUGGGUAGUUUUAGAAUAAGCUGUUUGAUGAAUUUUGGAUCGUGGGUUUUGUUAGUUUUUGGGAAAGUGGGAUUGAUCACUUGUUUCGUGACGAUGUCUGGUUUCAAUUGGAAGUAGCAUUUCAUCUCUUCUUUGGUGACGAUGUCUGUUAAUGAAAUGUUGGACAUCAAUGUAUAUAUUUCGCACAGAUUUCACGUAUAUGAGUUACCAUUUCAUCUCU